ACAUUCUGCGUUCUCAGCUAACAAUCAUAGACAUGGGAAUUAAGCCGAAAAAGAGAUCUCUGCAAUCAACCAAUGUUUCGUCCAAAAAACGCAAAAUUGAAUCUAGUGGCAAGUCAUCAGGACAUCCCAAGAAGCAGAGCAAAGGAAAAGAACGUGCUUUUGAAAAACCGUUUAUCCCCAUACCCAACGCAAAUGACCCUGACUCUGACGACUCCAUACUUUCUAAUGAGGACGCUGCACUGCUAGAAGAGUUUGGUGAAAGUGCCCGUUUCCUAAAUGUUCUCGAUCAUAAAGGCAUAUCAAGGAGCAAAAAAGAGGAGGAGCGCAUUCGUCAGAUGAACAAGCCCAUCAGGAAGCCCGCGAACAUUGACGAUCUCCCUUCUAUCGACUCCCAUGAUGAGGAAUCCGAUUCUUGGAACUCAGAAGUGAGUGACAUGGAUGAUGUGCCAUUGUCGGACGAAGAUUUUGGUAGUGACGAGGUCGACUUCUCCGAUUCUGACGAUGAAAUGCCGUACGAGAAAGCUCCCCGUACUCAACGCUCAGCUAAGGAGCAACCACAUACGGCUCAUAUCAAGGGAUUGCCCGUCAAACUCGCAGACGGCAGAGUUCAAGACACAGGCAAACGUACCACCGCUGCCUCAAACAAUGAGGCCGAAGACAAGUCCGACUCGGCUCAUUCGGAGUCAGAGCCAGAAGUCUCCAACGCAGUGGAGGAUGUUGCCACAGGCGCACGAUUCGGCCGCCCAGCAGUUGUGGAUGUCCUUACGCAAAAGUCGAGGUCGGCGCGGAUACAAGCCGCCAAGGAGCAAAUAGCUGGCCUAUGUUCCGAUAUACUGGCGGAUCCAGAGAAUAGCUUGGGCCUUCUGCGACGUCUACAUACGUUUGCACUUUCUGAGGUAGUCUCGCCAAGCCGGUCCAAACCCGUACCGAACGAUUUCAUCAUCCGCAAACUUGCCAUUCUAUCGCAACUCGCCGUUUUCAAAGACCUCGUUCCAGGUUACCGUAUCCGCGCAUUGACAGACAAAGAAAAGGCGGAAAAGGUCAGCCAGAUGGUCGCCCGUACCCGUGAAUGGGAGCAGGGUCUGGUUACUGUGUAUCAAUCAUACCUCAAACUGCUAGAGACGGAACUCAAGGCCAAAAAUGACCUGUCUGAGGUUGCACUGCGAUGCAUGUGUACUCUGGCAGAGCAGGUCACCCAUUUCAACUUCAGAGUAAACUUGUUGAAAUCCAUUAUCUCGCAAUUAAGUAAGAAAUCGUGGAAUGCAUCCUCCGACCUCUGUUUGAAUACCCUUAUCAGCAUUUUUCGGGACGACCUCACUGGCACUCCUUCUCUCGAGAUAGUCCAACUGCUCAACCGGAUGAUUACAGAACGUGGGUAUAAUGUGCAUCCGGAAGUCUUGACCUGCCUUCUUCAUCUCCGCCUCAAGACUGAGUUGUCUGUGCGAGCGUCUGAUUCGAAGGUUGACAAGGCGGAGGGUGGAGAAACCCGAGCUAAGAAGCCAAAGCCCGGCAGUCGAGGUAAGAAGGCAGGUAUCGAGAACGGGUACCUCAGCAAGAAGGCAAAGAAGGCUCUGAGGGAAAAGAAGGAGAUCUCUCGCGAGCUUCGGGAAGCAGAGGCGGAAGUUGAUAGGGAAGAACGAGCAACCACACAAACAGAAACGCUCAAACUUCUGUUUGUGCUUUAUUUCCGUAUCCUGAAGAACCCGCGUCCUACACGGCUGCUACCAUCAGCACUGCGUGGCAUCGCGAAGUUUGCCCACUUGAUUAACGUUGACUUCUUCAGAGAUCUGUUGCAAGUUCUCCGAGGUCUCAUUGAGCGUGACAGCUCAGACGACGACGAAAGUGGGGCUCCAGGGACGGACCUCGUCAAUAGCAUCCAACACCGCCUCCUUUGCAUCAUGACUGCGUUUGAACUCCUGUCAGGCCAAGGCGAAGCGCUCAAUCUCGAUCUUUCGGAAUUUGUCAACCAUCUUUAUGCCAUCAUCCCAGCAGUGAGCUUGCUGCCGGACAUAGAUGUCGCGCCAUCAUCCUCUUUUGAAUCAACCUUUCAUGUGGCACGACCAAUGUCGAUUGCUGAUAUGUUGUUCCGAGCGCUUAACGUUGUAUUCUCUCCGAAGAUGAGCGGCAAAAGCGUGUUGGUCUGGCGCUCCGCGGCUUUUGCAAAGCGCCUCCUUACUGCAUCUCUAAACUGGCCACCCUCUGUUUCUCUCAAAACGCUCCAGUUUAUCGAGCAACUUCUAGGAAAAGAUCCACAAUUGGACGCGUUGCUGUCAACAGAAGAUCGACCUGCAGACGGGAUUUAUCGACCAGACAUUGAUGACCCACAGUUGUGCAAUCCUCUCAGCGCCACGUUUUGGGAACUUUUCUUACUUCAAAGCAAUCAUUAUGACACCCGUGUGUCUGAGGCGGCUUCUGCAUUGUUGCAUUAUAGUAGAGUGUAAUACCAUUUUACCAAUGAUGUACUAAAAAGACCCAAGUGAUAUCUACUUGUGGGGAGUAUUGUAAAGCAGUGAAUUAGAUGAUACAGAUAGCAAAAUGAUUGAAAACAUGACUAAAGUUCAAGACUACUUAAGAAGUCUUACUCGUUUAAACGGUCCAUAAGCCGUACGCAGGCGUAAUAGUGUUGCUACAGUAUAGACUCAAGCACUGUGGAACGAAGUAGAGUCAGGUCAUGAAAGGGCAUAAGAGGGGUAAUAAUAAGGGUCAUGUGGGGAUGAGUUCGAGCUGACUGUCGAUAAUGCGCAUGGCUGUAUUGACUGAGCUGAAUAAACGGCGCGAGGUAUGCAUGAUGCUGGUUGAGCCUGUGGGUAGUGGCCAGGGUGAGAGUCGUAGACGUAAGCGGUGCGAGAGGACACGUUUUCAGUGCGGUGAUUUUGCCAGCCGAUAAACUCCGCUGAAGGCAUGUUUUCGCACUGGCCUCUGUCCAAGUCAUACACAACUGUUGCUAUCUCUUCGCCAUCGACGGCAAUCUUCUGCAUGAUGAUUGUCGGCACAGAGGCUUCCAACCACCGGCAUCGGCUUAAGGAUGACUCCGGCAACUGUGCAGUGACCUGCUCGGUCAUCGACGCCUCGUUGACACUUUCCACUGCAGUCACUGAGCAACUUUCCAUCUCCCGAGAAACGCACUGAUUCCGCACGAACACCAUCGUUGAGCACCUUGCCGAGGAGGAGUGCAUAGCAGCAUAGCUUACAGACCCCUGGAACCCGUGCAGUGUCGGAGAGUACAGGGUAUCAAGUGCCGGUAAGUGCAGCUUCACUCUCAUCACGACAGCGGACCCAAAGCCGGCGUUUAACGGGACGACAAAGGGUUGCAUGCCUUCGGCUGCUAGCACAAGCCGAAGAAAGGCACUCCCGGGGUACUGCAUCGGAGGACUGUCGUUCCCGACAAAGGGGAGCGCAGAGCCAAACGGAUCGGGAGAGUCUGACAACGGCGAUUCUGCUUUGACACGCGGCGAUACAUCCGAAUGAAGGCCGGAGCUUGUGGUGGAGCCAUAGCUCUCACCAAAGCCGGUCUGGAUAGGGUACAGUGAAUCCGCUGAGGGAAAGUUUUCUGACGGCUGAAAAUUGGCAGAAAAAUUUCCAAGAGUCGCCGAUAUCGGGGACAGUCGCCGAGUAUUGUGUGUGGCAGUCAUAUCUGAGGUAGGCGCAGAGUGCAUGCGACGGUCGUUGCUGAAGAGCGACCUGGAGUCUGAAUGCGUCAACGGAUCGGAAUGUGGAGUGGAUCCCGAAAAUGCUUGGGCUGUCGCAGGCGACCGGAGAGGCGCAACGCCUGGUAUCGGUAACACCGCAUGCGUUGGACUUCCGUCCAUGGAAAUAAGGGUAUUGGUGUCCGGUUGAUCUUCAGGCUUGGGAGUGGGAUAUUGGAGACCUGCUUCAAGGAAAAGCUCUUCGCCGCCUGCUACUAAAUGAAAUUCUGGUUCGCCCUUCCACAUGUUGCGAAGGACCUGUAUGUGGCUGGCAACCUGUUUCUUAGAACGAUCCACACCAUUGCGGCGGAGAUAAUCUACUAGAAAUUGAUUGCGCCAACGGCUGCGACCCCUGGAAUAAGUAGCCCAAGGGGAGUCCCAAUAUUGGCGAAGACCUUCAACAAAUACUUUCUCAACUUCCUCAGGCCAUACCUCGCUCGAGCCAUCCUUGAGGAGUUUACGAUGCUUUCUCUGAGGAGUGAGGCUCUUUGUGGAGGAGCUUUCUGGGUCUGGGAUGACCUUGUUGGACCUCAUCGUGACGAAAGUGAGGUGUAGAGGUAAGCAGGAGAGCCCUAGCGGGGACGGGAGGUCGUU